AUGACGGACCCAGUUGUGGAAUCUGCGUAUCAAAAGGGCAUCCUGCCCGACGCCAAGGCCGUCGAGGAAGGUCCUCGUCGAACGGAUGGCGUUUCCGGUUUGUAUGAAGGAAAUGUCUUCGAGGCUACCCCGGAUGACCGUCGCCAGAUUGGCGUCAUCAGUGCCUCCUUUCUGAUCUUCAACCGUGUCAUUGGUACUGGUAUCUUCGCUACCCCAAGUACUAUCCUGUCUUUGUCGGGUAGUGUUGGUCUGUCUCUGAUCAUGUGGGUCAUUGGUACUUUGAUUGCCAUGGCUGGUACUGCUGUUUAUCUGGAAUGGGGUACUGCUAUUCCUAAGAACGGUGGAGAAAAGAACUACCUCGAAUAUGUCUUCAAGAAGCCCAAGUUCCUGAUGACGGCCAUGUACGCGGCCUAUGCAGUCCUGCUGGGUUGGGCCGCCAGUAACAGUGUCGUCUUUGGCGAGUAUAUUCUGAACGCGGCGGACAUCGAAGUGGAUCGCUGGAACCAGCGUGGUAUUGGUUUGGCUUGUAUCACCGCUGCCUUCCUCAUCCAUUCCUUCGCUGUCAAGUGGGGUCUCAUGCUUCAGAACUUUCUGGGUGUGGUCAAGCUGGUCAUCAUCCUUUUCGUCAUCGUCGCCGGAUGGGUGGCUCUCGGCGGCCAUAUGAAGAUCGAUCCUCCUCACAACUUCACCAACGCGUUCGAGGGUACCACUGACACCGGCUAUGGCAUUGUCAUGGCGUUGUAUAAUGUCAUCUGGUCCUUCAUCGGGUACUCGAAUGCCAACUACGCCUUGAGCGAGACGAAGAACCCUACCCGUACCCUGAAGAUCGCCGCCCCCAUUGCCAUCAUCUCCGUCGGUAUCAUGUACAUGCUGUGCAACAUCGCAUACUUUGCUGCUGUCCCGAAGGAGCAGUUCCUGUCCUCUGGCCAGACCGUCGCCGCCGCCUUCUUCGGCAACAUGUUCGGUGCGCGCGCAGAGAAGGUGAUGUCGGUCUUUGUGGCCCUGUCUGCAUUUGGUAAUGUUCUGUCGGUCAUCUUCUCGCAAGGACGAAUUGUCCAAGCCCUCGGUCGCGAAGGAGUCCUCCCUCUGUCGAAGAUCUGGGCCAGCAACCGGCCGUUCAACUCGCCCGCCGCUGGCCUCUUCGAGCACUGGGUAGUGUCCGUGAUCAUCAUGUUGGCCCCGCCUCCCGGCGAUGCCUACAACUUCCUUGUGAACCUGAUCUCGUACCCGCUGUCUAUCGUCAACGUCUUCGUGUCCGGCGGUCUCAUCUACAUCUAUCUGACCAAGGAGAAGAACUUCCCGGACUGGUCCCCCGGUAUUCGGGCCACACUCCCCGUCACCAUCUUCUUCUGCCUGUCCAACAUGUACCUGGUGGUGGCGCCCUACGUGCCCCCCAGUGCCGGACAGAGCGUCUACAACAGCCUGCCUUACUACCUGCACUGUGUGGUGGCGCUGGGCAUUUUCGCCCUCGGCGCUAUUUACUAUCUAGUCUGGGCGGUGCUGAUGCCUCGCUUUGGUCGCUAUAUCCUUGUGAAGGAGUCGGUCGUGGAUGCUGAUGGCUGGUCCAGAAGUGUCUUUACAAAGAUGCCGAUUGAGCAGGCUGAGGCUUUGAGGCAUGAAGGGCAGCAGCAGGGAGAGCACCAUUUCUGA